AUGUGUGUUGGCUUCUACACGCUCGAGCACCCGGAAUAUGCCCUUGUACUUUGCAGUAACCGUGACGAAUAUCUUGAACGACCCACCGAUCUGGCUCGGUUUCAUUCAUUCGAUAAGCUAGAGGAACAUCAUUUUCUAGAGGGAAAUAUUCUCUCUGGUAUUGACGUUCGUGCUGGUGGAACCUGGUUGGGUGUUAAUCGGACCGGAAAAGUUGCCUUUUUAACAAACAUCACAGAAGAGUACAAGACGUAUGGUUCUUCCAGGGGUGACCUCGUUGCCAAUUUUCUUUCGUCAGAUUCGGAAGAGGACGUACACAAUCUUAUCCCUCGCGAUGCUAAAUAUGCAGGCUUUAAUUUAUUACUCUUGACACCAUCCACCCGUGGUGAACACGACUUGAUAUUCGAUGGAACAUAUGUCACCAACCAUGGUGGAGGAGGAACGCUCAUUGUCCGCCCGCUGACUAAUGCUGAGAGAAGAUGUGGGGGCAUGUCAAACGGAAUUGAUGGUAAAGGUGCUGAAAUGUGGCCAAAAGUCCAAAACGGACUUCAUUCGUUUAAAUCGAUCAUGAACGCGGUCUCACCGACCAUGCCGGAGAAGGAACUAGCCGACAAUCUCUUUGAGCUAUUGACUUGGAAAUGUUCGCAGCCGCCAAGCGCACGCUCAGAACUGAGGAACACAAUCCAGGUGGAACCAUUUAUAAUGCAAGGGUCACGAGAGUUCUAUGGAACGCGCCUUUCGACGGUGAUAUUAGUGAAAAGAACCGGGGAAGUGUUGUUCAUCGAGAGAGAUAGGUGGAAGCUCGUUGAUGCCAAGCCUGUAUUGUCAGAUCACUCUUCACAGCGUGAAUUCCGUUUCGAAUUGCAGCCAGUUCAUUAA